AUGUUCGAAAGGAAGACGGACGUACACAGGCAUAUGGGUGGAGCCUGCCAAGCAAGAGCGGACAGGGACAGAAAGGUCCCAGUUCGUGUACAUCUCUAUCUUCGGGAGGAAGUACCAGUGCCAGUGCCUGUAUUCUGCAGGCCAAUAGCUGAAAAUGAACCACGUAUGACGUUGCUGUGCGCAGCUGCCGUCAAUUUAAAUGGAGGUCGAACCCCAGAUGGGGGCUGCAUGAUCGGCGAGAGUGUGUUUUAUGCCAACCAGGAUGUCAAGACUGAAAACACCAUGUCGUUGGCGUACGAGAUGAGUAAGGCCCAGUUGGUACACUCCCCGGAGGUAGAAGAAAUAAAUCAACAGAUCGAAUCGACUCACAACGUGGAGUACACAGAAAAAAACCUUGUCAUCCCUAGUCUGGAUUUGUUCCAGUAA